GUACCGAAGAGCAACUAGAAGAUUCGCCAUGAAAGUCUUGAUCUUGUUAGCCGUUGUCGCUGCUGCCUCCGCAGUCCCCUAUUUCCCAUACAACUACAACUAUGGCACCUAUGGCUAUGGACGUGAUUUGUAUUCGGACAACAUCGAUUACCGCACUUUGAUGUUGGGAGGUCGCACUCACAUCUUGGACAAAGACAUCACCUUGGUCAAGAAGGACUUCGUCAUUUUCUACUACAAAUACUUGGUUGAACUUUUGGACAUCUUCCACACUCGCUUCCACGAUAUCUUGUCGACUGUUGAUGUCAAGACUCACAGUGUCUUUGGCAUGCCCAUGUAUUGCAACAAAAUGACUGGAUUGAUGCAAUGGAUGAUGAUGAUGAAUAUCGACUUCACCACUUAUGAUCCCCAUUACUUUGAUAUGUUCAUGUGGUGCAAAAUCUCCGACUACAUGAUGUACAUGAAAUACUACUGGUUGCACUUCAACUUUGUCGAUGUCAUGCACACCGAUUUGCCUUUCAUGCGCGACAUGUUCCACGGACUCGGAUACAACUAUUUGCACAAAUUCGGUGAUUAUUAUGGCAAAUCCUAUGAUGGUCUUCUCGGAAACAAAUUCUACGGAAACUUGUGGUAUGGACAAAAAUACUUGCCCUUCGGAGAAAAAUUCACCAUUGAGAAGAGCAUCUCGAAGGAAUAUUUGCUCCAUUAAGGUGUUUCGUCGAUUUUAAUAGUGUGUCGAUAGUAGCGCGAUAUGAAAAAAUUAUCACGUGAAACCUAUUGACCUUUAUUUAUUUCUCAUAUCAGCAAAACAAUAAAGAUC